UUUUAGUUAUACUGAAUGGAGUCUGUUGAUCAUAGCAGGAAAAAUAAACUUAAAUUACUUAAGUGCUGCUGGCGAGUUGGCGAAAUGCACACAGCCAGUACAGAGGGACAGUAUCGCGGCGCCAACGGAGCGGCCCACGGACGCGACAAGGUCGCCAUAUUGGAUGCUGGAUCACAGUAUGGAAAGGUGAUAGAUCGGAGGGUACGCGAGCUAUGCGUGGAGUCAGACAUCUUGCCGCUAGACACGCCGGCGUACCACCUCAAGGAGGCGGGCUACAGAUCCAUCAUCAUAUCCGGAGGUCCCAACUCCGUGUACGCAGAAGACGCGCCCAGAUACGAUGCUGACAUUUUCAAAAUUGGCCUCCCUGUACUGGGAAUCUGCUACGGAAUGCAAAUGUUAAACAAAGAGUUUGGCGGAUCGGUGUUAAGGAAAGAAGCCCGUGAAGAUGGACAAUAUGAGGUCGAAAUAGAAACAACUUGCCCGUUAUUUAAUCGUCUAGAAAAGCUCCAGCCAGUACUGCUCACGCACGGCGACAGUGUACAGAAGGUCGGCGACCGGUUCCGUGUGGGCGCGCAGUCCUCCAACCACCUCAUAGCGGCCAUCUACAACGAGCAGAUGAGACUGUACGGCGUACAGUUCCAUCCUGAGGUGGAUCUAACGCCGAAAGGCAAGCAAAUGCUGUCAAACUUCCUGUUCGACAUAGCGGGCAUGUCGCGCACGUUCACGCUGCGCUCGCGGCGCGAGGCGUGCGUGCAGUACAUACGCGAUAACGUCGGCGACAACAAAGUUCUCGUGCUGGUAAGUGGCGGUGUCGACUCCACAGUGUGCGCCGCUCUACUGAGAACAGCACUGCGCGAGGAUCAAGUCAUCGCUUUGCACAUCGACAAUGGAUUCAUGCGUAAAAAUGAGAGCGUAAAAGUGGAGCGAUGUCUACGUGAACUCGGCGUACGUUUGCACGUCAUAAAUGCAGCUCACCAGUUCCGGCAGGGCAGCACGGUGGUGCGCGAGGCGGGCGGGCGCGCGCGGCACACGCCGCUGCUGUGCCACGCGACCGCGCCCGAGGACAAGCGGCGCAUCAUCGGCGACGUGUUCGUGCGCGUCGCCGAGCACACCGUGCAGGACGUGCUGCAUCUGCAAGAGGACCAGGUGCUGCUAGGCCAGGGUACGCUACGGCCCGACCUGAUCGAGUCAGCGUCGGCGCUGGCGUCGGGCGCCGCCGCCGCCAUCAAGACACACCACAAUGACACGGAGCUGGUGCGCGCGCUGAGGCAGAGGGGACGGGUUGUUGAACCGCUACGGGAUUUCCACAAGGAUGAGGUCCGCGCGCUGGGUGCCGAGUUGGGCCUGCCCGCCGCGCUGGUGGAGAGACAGCCGUUCCCGGGGCCAGGCCUCGCUGUGCGGGUGCUGUGCCAGGACGAGCCCUACGCAGACCGGGACUUCGCUGAAACACAGGUUAUAGUGAAAAUAAUGGUGGAAUACGCGUCCAUGUGCGUCAAGUCGCACGCGCUGCUGGGCCGCGUGUCCAACGCGACGACGCCCAACGAGCAGACGGAGCUGAAGCGCAUCUCCUCCUCCUCGCCCAUCGCGGCCACCUUACUGCCAGUGCGCUCUGUUGGUGUGCAGGGCGACUGUCGGACGUACAGCUACGCGGUGGCUCUGUCGACGGAGAGCUACCCGCCGGACUGGAACGACAUGCACUACCUCGCCAAGAUCAUACCGCGCGUCUGCCACAAUGUCAACAGGGUGUGCUACGCGUUCGGCGGUCUGAUCAAGGAGCAAGUGACCGACAUCACGCCGACCUUCCUCUCGCAGCAGGUCAUAUCGACGAUCCGACAAGCCGACGAUCUCGCCACACAGGUACUGAUCUCCAGCGGCUGCGUGUCGCGCAUCGCGCAGAUGCCCGUGGUGAUGAUCCCGGUGCACUUCGACCGCGACGCGGGGCUGCGCGCGCCGUCGUGCCAGCGCUCACUCGUGCUGCGCCCCUUCAUCACCAACGACUUCAUGACCGGCAUCGCGGCUCUGCCCGGCUCCGACGCCAUGCCGCAGGACGUAGUGGACCGAAUGCGCAAGGAGCUGAUGAGCGUGCCCGGCAUCUCGCGCGUGCUGUACGACCUGACGCCCAAGCCGCCCGCCACCACCGAGUGGGAAUGAUGCCCGCCACUUUUGUAUCUUUUGUACUGAGCGCGCCGCCGGCAGUGGUCCCACUACAUCUCGAUAUACACGCGGACGUAGCGCAGGACAGCAAUCGUACAGUGGGGAAAAUAAACACACUGUAAUUAAGUUAUUUUUUGUCACGGGAUCUAUUAAAUCAGUCGGUUUUUCUCUAAACUGCACGUGAAUAUUCAGCGUAAAACAAGAAUGACUUAUUUUUUAACUAAAUAUAUUUACUUCAUUUCAUGCAGUUGUCGAACAACAUGCUGUUAUUUCUUUCAUUUAUUUAUUUAUACAUCUUUUUUUUAGUUCCUAACAAUGUUGAUAUAAAAUAAGUAUAAGAACAAUUGUUUGCUGCUGUUGUCCAACAACAGACCUAUUUAUUAUUAUGGGCUUGAGUUAGCAUACUAAACAUAGCUUGCUACAUAUAAUUGUAAAAACCUUCUUGUCUUUUAGAUUGGCAUACACAAACGCACAGAUUAACUGAUACUAUAUUUUGUUGGUAACGAAAAAACAACGUGUAUAAAUUAUGAUAUCAUUUUUUUAUACAACAAUGACAUCACUCUUUCAAUUAGUAUAAAAACUAUAGUGUGCUUUAUUGCGUGAUUUAGAAGUAUAGCAAGAAGAGAUAGAAGCAGGCCUGGUCUAUUGGAUUAGAUCUGGUCUCUGGUCUUCUUUGUUUUGAAUUGUAAAAAAUGGCUAAUGACUUUUGUAUGUUUUAAAUUUAAAUUAUUUGAAUAAUUCAAUUAAAAUACAUUAAUAUGUGUUUUGGUGACUUGACCAGAAAACAAAGAGAAAGUAAAACUUUUUAUAUUAAUGUUCUCUUCAAUUUCUCAGUUUUAACAUAUAAUGAGAAUUUUUAACUUUUUUGGUUUGUGUUGUGUAGAUUGAUCAAGAAAAUAUUUGCCCAACUGUACGAUUGCUAAGACGUAGACGUAAACACCCUUCAGACAUGUGCAAAGAUAUUAACUUUAUAUUAAAAUGAUAGGACAAACGAGAAAAGGAUUAACAUUAAAGUGGCUGGUUACUUGUUUCUCCAAUGUAAAACUAGUAUUUUAAAUACUAGAUAGCCUUACUGAAACAAUUAGGUCGAAAUUUUCUUAUGAAAUAUUCACAGUGCCUGUCAGUUUGAAAAAGAUUAUUAUCAAAGGAAAAUUUGAACCUGCAGGGUUAUGCUAUAAUUUUUACUGACAAUCUGUAAUUGAGAUGAUACUAAAUCAAAUGACUGUCUUAGACCAAUUACUUAUGGACUUGUAUCGCACCCUAUAUUCUAUACAGGAAUUAGGUCGAUUCUUGAUCGUUGACAGAGAGGUAACGUCUAGCGAGGCAAGUCCCUAUAUAAUUGGCCUGAGAUUUAUCCCUAAAAUAAAAAGUUGUCACUAAAAUCGUCACUACUGUCUGUGCGAGAGCUCAGACAGCAAUAAAUCGUUCAGCAUAAGACCGCUAAUGUACUCCCAUCCCAGUAUGAAAUUAUAUUAUAGAAAUAAAAUCAGUCUAGAUAUCUAGUUCUUCAUUACAAUACAUACAGCGCCUCUAGCGAAAAAUUCGAGAAACAAAAAAGUAGUGCAAACUAUGAUUAUAAAAUACUAUGAGGUGAAGUUUCAUACAAAACUAUUGUAUGUCAAAAACUAUUGUCAUACCUGAAUAAAUUGUGGUAGGGGAGCCCAUAAUGCCAAACGUCAAUUUACUCAUUACAAGCAUAAGAUGAUAGGAGGAAUAAAUGGUUAUAUUUCCAUUGUCGAUUAAAAGAAAAUUUUAUUAAUUUGACUUGCUACAAUAGUCAAAAAUAUUCAUUAUAUUGCGAUUAUUCCAUUAAUUUAUUUUGAAAACAGACAUACAAGGGGUUCAUUUUGCAACUUUGUAACUCUCACCAAUAUUGAGAGCUCGUACUUGGAGGCAGGUUUUAAAUACAUCUCCAUUAAGUUAAUCAUAUAGUCCCCUAUUUGGCUCCUCUACUAUUGAUUGUUUAAACAAAACCAGUGGGUUUGUAAGUAAAGGGUGACAUUAAAUCAGAUUAGAUUUUUGUACUACAGAAGUUGUUAUUUAAAUAAUGCAUUUUUUAAGGGCGAUUGAUAAAAUGUAUUACAUAUUUUAUUGUAAUUAAAAUAGCUUUAUUUUAUUUUAAAAAUCCAUUGUUAGUAUCAUACACAAAUAACCUACUUAAUGUCAUUGUUUUGGAUAGUAAAAGAAAAUUAAUCUAUAUUUAUGUAUGUUACUGAAAUACUCCUGGCACAUCUCAAAUCAUUUUGCGCUAGUAGCCCAGUCAAUUACGGAUAAUAAUAAAGGAGCAACCGCAGAAUGAGCGAUAGUAACUGUAAACUCGAAUACACCUUCAGUUAGGUGUUAUAAGUGUCUCAAAAAAUCUUGUGACUGCAAGCAGUUGUCGUAUAUUUUUUUUUUUAAGAAAAUUUGUCGCCCACAUUAAGGUCUACAGUUUAUAAAAUAAUCGUUAACAUUAUUAGAAUUUAGAGGUAUAAAAAAUGAGAUAGAUAAUCACGAAACUGAUUUUUGUGUGACGGUAUAUCUUAAAUAACUUUAGAUGCAUGCACAAGAUUUUAAGAUAACAUUAUUACACCAAAAUGUAGGUAUAUACAAGUUUACAGCUUAUUAUCUCUCAUUUCACGGUGAACAUCUCAUUUGUGAAAUCAUUGUUGAGAGUUGAGUGUUUACUGAUAUCAUAAUAGCGUACCAUUACUAUAAGAGCGAGAGACAAACAUGUUAAUAUAUUUGGCGAUUGUAAUCAGGUCCCCGUCAAAUCGAAACUUCAAAGACUACAAUGUUUUAAUAUGCAUUUAAAGACAAUAGAAAAUAAACCAGUGCAAUAGUGUAGUUUCAUGUAUACAAGUACUAUCCAAUAUUAUAGGCCUGACUUUUGUUAACAACAUAUUGUUUGAAGAGAAAAAAAAAGCCUUUAGAGGCUGAAUCGGAAAUAUUGUCUCUUUCAUUGUGAUGGGACGAAAGAUAUUUUCGAUAAUGUCUUUUUCUCCUCAAGAUAUAUCUCGUGUCACGUAUCUUAGGCUCACAGUAGUUCAUAACCUCUCAAAUGAAAAUACAUUAAUAUUUAUCUAGAAAGAUAAUGUAAUUUUUAAAAAAAGCUUUUAUAUAAAAUAGAACAGCAGAUGAAUUGUUUAUUUUAUUUUAAUAAUUAAUAAUAUUAUGUAAUUAUGAUUAUGAAGUAACUAUUGUGAAUCACUAUGUUUUGGACCACUGCCAAUAAAACAGAAUUUUUGUAAAUAAAUUGGUAAUAUGACAUCAGGUGUUGGUGUCUCAAUUAUUAUUAGCUACACUGAUCUGUUUUUGUAACAUGUAGUAAAUAAAUAAAAUAUGUUAGAAGGAUGUGUAAAUUAUUAUUAAAGUUUUGUAUUCAGCACCUUCUGUUGUAUUGCAAGACUUGGGUCAUAGCCUUGUUUUAUGAUAUAUACAGCAUCACAAUAAUUUAUGAAGUAGACCAUAAAUGACAAACACCCUCAAUGGUAAAAGUGGCUCUGGGAAGACUAUAAUUUCAUAGAACAAAGAGUUUACCCUUAAUUUGACAUUCAAAACCAUGGAUGUAUUGAAAGAACUCCCUGUUCAAAAUUUAAUUUGAAAGUUAUUACUGAUUUUAUUUAAUUUCAUGGUACUAGUUUGAAUGUGUACCAAUUUUUUUUUAGUAAAAUUUGUGCUUUAAUUUUUUAAACUGAAUCAAAAUGUUGGUUCUACACUGUCCCAGUUUACUCAUAGAUGGUUAUGGUUAAGCCAAUGAAAUUGUAAUCUUGUAAUCAACAUUGUAUCAAAAUCAGAGUCACGCUGUGUUUUAUGGAAAAGUUCAGUGUUAUUGACUGGAAGUUUCAUAAUAAAAUUAUAUUAUGCUUUAUUUUUA